AUGGAGGAAAUCCCGCAAUUGACAAAUACAUUGGAGAAUAUCAGAAAUCCCUGCGACUGUUUUUCACUUAUAGACGGCAAAUUUGGUAACGUAAAACAAUCCUUUGAUGAUAUAAUUACUCGUUUGGAUGCCUUAAUAGAUAAUUUCAAGACCCAGCAGAAGAAUGUAGACAGUAAAAUAGAAAAUUUAGAAUCCCAACAGAAAAUUUUAGUACAGGAAUUAUCUGAAAUGAAAUUAAAUACUGUAAAAUUGUCGGAAAAAAGCUUUAAGGAGAUGUACAUCCAUUUGGAAGAAAAGUAUUUAGAAUUAAUAAAAAAUAAAGAAAACGGCGAAAAUUUACGCAUGGAUAACCUCACAACACAAAUUCUAGAGAACGAAGCCUACGAUAUGAAACCAUUAUUUGAUGUACGUGUUGAUCAGCUGCCAGCAUAUAAAAAGGAACAUUGUCAACCUGACUCUGAACCAAUUGAUUGCAAAGCAGCUACAAAGUGCACACAAAAGAGUGGUUAUUACAAAAUAUAUUUACCCGGAAAUAAAGCAAAACAAAUUAUGGUAUUUUGUGAUAUGGAAAUUGCUGGUGGUAAUUGGAUGCACAUUUUAAGACGCAUUGAUGGUUCAGAAAAUUUUGAUCGUCCUUGGUCUGAAUACGUAAAUGGAUUUGGUAAAGUUGAGGGCGAGUACUGGAUAGGAUUGGAGAAUUUAAAUGCUCUUACUGAAAACAAUGGUCGACAGCUAUUAUAUGUUCAUUUAGAAUAUGAUUCAGAAGAGUCUUUUUAUGCUUUGUAUGAUAACUUUUUAGUAGGGGAUGCCACUGAAUUAUACAAACUAAAAUCUUUAGGCACAUACAAUGGCACUGCUAUAGAUGGUAUGCCGGAUAUGGUGUAUAAAAAAUUUAGCACCUUCGAUAAUGAUAAUGACGAAACAGCAGCUCACAACUGUGCAGCUGCAUACCAAGGUGGAUGGUGGUAUAGUGAUUGUGGAUAUGCACAACCUACUGGUCCAUAUCGUGAAAACUAUUCGUUAACUGGUAUAAGAACUUCAUCUGCAAGCUAUAAAAAAGUGGAACCGUUAUCGAAAGAUGUUAGGCAACUUUUGUUGGAUCCAUUACUUCCUAGUGAUUCAUUAGACUCUGAAGACGACUAA